UAGAAAUGAGAGUAGGAGAAGGAGCUACCUGAGAAUAAAUAGAGAGAGUCGAAGAAGAAAACAAGAACCAGCUUAAAGUAGGAGAUGUAGAGAGUAAAGAGAAUUUCAAGGAAGGAGAUAGAGGUGUGGUGUGCAAAAGCCUAUUCCUAUCAGUGCAGGAGAAUAGAUUGUGAAAUUUGGAGGGGAAUUUUAUGGGAUAACUUUUAAACACAGACAUUAAAAAAAUUAAAUUACAUAAGCUCAAUUUAAACAAAAUAUGUUAAGAGCAAAGUUAAGAAAUGCAAUUUAUCACUUUCUCCUUCUUAGGCUAUCUCUCUAUAUAUGUAGUUGCAUGGUGGAAAUACUGUGUAAUUGUGUUAUAUUCUAUUGUUCAACUGUUCCCAACUCAGCGUGCAUUGAUACCACAUUAGUAGCUUGAAAUCAGCAAUGAGGGAGUAUGUUAACCAUGAAAAUGGCAAGUGCUAAAUUUAGGCCCAGUUUAUAGUUCUGUUGAUUCUGCAGGCAAAGGAUUGUCAAAUUAAGUGCCUCAAGCCAUAUUUAGCCCUUUGCUGGUUUUUAUACAUAGCUAGACUAUUUGUAUAUAGUUGGACUAGUAUACAUGGUCUAAGUUUUAUUGGAAUACAGGCAUACCCUUUUGUUUACAUAGUGUCUAUGACUGUGUUCCAAUAGCAAAUAGGAGUAAUUAUCAUAGAGAAUAUAAAGCCCAAAUAGUCUAAAAUAGUAUCUGACCCUUACAGAGAAUGUUUUCUAUUCCUGGUCUACUCAUGAGAAAGUGAUGGAGAAUAUCUGUAUAAUGCAGAUUACGUUUAAAAUUGUGUUGUGUGUACAGGUGUUACAUUAUGAAGACCACAAGAAUUUGAGAAGAUAUCCUUCUAGUAUUUGAAAAUGGUUGUCUGAGUCAGCAAUGGUGCUUACACCAUUGACAAACGUGUGAAGCUUGGACACGUCUCUGUUUUUUCAUUUUUGUUGUGCUCAAUAACAUUAACCAAAAUGUCAACCAACAUCCACAUUGGGAUUGCACUCAUUUGUCCAUCUCAAAUAUAGAUUGGCUGUGGUUACUAGAGUUUGGCAAAUAUCAACAAAAUCCUUCCAUGAGAAUCAAUUGGCUAAAUGGAAUUUUCAAUGAAGAAUAUUAUGUUUUAUUAUUCUUUGUAAAUUGUAUCCUAUGUAUCUUUUAUGUUAGUAAAGUUUAAAAUACAGUUAUGUGUAUAAACAUAUGCCUUACUUUUCAUGCAGAGAGCAGGUUGUUAAGGAUUUCCCAGAACAGCCCUGUAUAACAGUUUGGGAAGCAAUGGAGUUUUGGGGGAAGAUAAAAACAGAAAGAUCGUUACCUGUGAUAAGUACUGAAUGACAUAGAGCAUAUUUGUCAUCCAGAAAAUUAUGAAUCACUUAAAAAAAUCCUUAGUUAACUGCAAACUUUAUUGCUUUUUUUUCUUUUAUGCAUUUAGCAAAUAUUUAAUUGAUUACCUGCUUUGUACUAAGUGUAUGCUAAGUGAUAUACUUUCAGGAAUUAAGACACAGAUUGUUUUGUGGCAUUUAUAAUCUGACGUAGAAUGCAGGUGAUAAAGGAGUAAAUACAUAAACAAGCAUAUAAUUACAAAAUUAUAUGAACAGACUAUAGAAUUAGUGAAUAAUAGAGAUGAGAGGAAUUGACCUUGUUAAGUGGGACAUCCAGGAAGGUCUCUGUAGAAGUGCUAUUUCGGCUGAGGCAAAGCCUGGGCUGGGAAGAUUGUGCCUGGCAAGGGGAAAAGACUGUACAAAUAUCCUGAGGACUUAACUUAAAAAAAAUUUUUAUUACCUCUCAAUAAAAAGGUAAUCACUUUCAAUUGCUUCAUUAAUUAUAAAAGAAACUAAAUUUUAAAUAAUAUUACUUGGGAUAUAGGCAGUUACUUUCCUCUAAAAACCUCAAAGUUAAUCAGGUGUGGAAGUUAAUUUCCCAAGUUUCCUUUUAAAGCUAGUGUGGAAUUCUCUGUAUGUUUACAUAUGACCUUCAUUAAGGCUAAGAAUUUCUUCAUUUAGAUUUGGCUUUAUUUGAUGCUAAUAUGUUUUGUCGGGUUGUUUCUCAAUACUUCAUGUCAAAGGGGGAUCAUUCUUUUUCUUUCUUUACUUAUGAGUCCUGAAUCUCUAAACGUAUUUAGGCUCAGGCAGACAAGCAUUCACACUCUUAUCCAAUUUGAAUUUUUUCUAAAUUCAUCAAACCUCAGAGCUAAUAUAUGAUCCUUAGUUUCAUGAAAACACUGGGUAAGUUCAGCAUUACUGUGGAAAUCUACCUUGUGAGAAAGACUAAUUGCAUUUUUCUCAUCUUCCCUUGUUUCGCUACAUGAUUAUUUUUUAACAAUAGGCUAAGUCAGGUAUAAUAAGCUCUCCAAGUGAUAAAGAUUAGAGAUAAUAUUUGUGAAUAUUUUAAAGUGUUGCUUGAAAUAUCCUCCUUACCAUUACUUACUUCCUUCUCUGCCUGACCUCAUUCUCUUACAUUUAAACAUCUUUGAUUUUCUUUUCUUGGGCCUUGAGACUCUUCAUUCCAGUGCAGGCACCCAGAAAUUAGUCAUUGAAUGUUAUCAUUGGAGGAUUGGAAGAAAAGAGAAAGGCAGCAAAUCCUUGGCUUUUAAACUCAAAGUUGACUUCCUAUGCAAGAAGGAAGUAUGUAGGAAGAAUAUUUGUUAUCCAGUUCAGAAGUCCCUUCACUCCUGCCAGGAGCUCCUCUGAACUGUAGAAGAGAAUAGAACAGACAAGAAAGCAAGAUAGCUUAGUGCUGGGCCCAGGCUCUGCUUCUGUUCUCUAUUCAGGGUUAUUUUAAAACAGGGGGAGGGGGUAUUGAUAAGUGUGGAUAUCCAAAAGUAGAGGGGGUUAAUUCUGGAGUAUCAGCAGGCAUCACUCUUAUAAUACUUCCUAUAUGGACAAGGGGAGUCCUGAUGGCUUUUUGUGUUAUCUAAGACAAUAAAAUCUUGAUAAAGAUUUAGGGAGUUUGGAACUUCAGAGAAGCAUUGGAAAAUAGCUCAUUUUUUUCCCCACUACCUUCAAAGAGGGUACAAGAUUUGCUGACAGAAAGAACCAGCAGUCCAAAAUGACUUCUCAGUUUUGGUUGUUUGAUGCUACCUCAGACCAUGAAGCAGUGACAGAACCUUAGAGAAUGGCAGUGACACUAGGUGCAGGAACAGAUGCCAGGAGAGGCAGAGGUCAUCUUGGCAUAAAACAAUGUAGUACAGUCAACAGCUACAGGCCAGACAUCCCCUUCUGGCCUCCUUCCCUUCUGUGUAAGCUGUUUAAAAUUAGAUGCCGGGUUGAGAAGAAAGGAGAGGGAGGGAAAUUUUGAAUGAACUACAUUUAACCUGAAAUGACCAAAAAGAGCUGGAAAUGACUAAGAUUUUCUAUUUCCUACCAUGUAGGCAGGAUGGGACUUGACAUUCAUUUAUUCAACAUACAUUUAUUGAACAGUUAUUAUGUGCCAGCCACUGUUCUAUGUACUUGAGACACACUGGGGGAAGGGAUUGAUGCCCUCAUGGAGCUUACAUUCUAGCAGGCGAUAAGAGUGAUUAGGAGACUGGUUUGGGGGUGAGUACGUUGCAGUAUUAAGGUGAAAUUUGAGCAGACAUGUGAUAGACAUUAGGAGGUUAGCAAACCUGGUAUUCUGGGCCAGAGUAUUCCUGAGAGAGGCAGCAGCCAGGACAAAAGUCCUAGAAAAAGUAAAAAGAGUUGGAGCAGUAAGAGAUGGAGGUCAGAGAGGUAGUGAAGGGCAGAUCACUAGGGCUUACAACUCAUUUUUAUAGAAUUUAUCUUUUACUUUGAGUAAAACAAGACUAUAUUAAAGUGCUGAGGAGUAAAGUGAUCCUUCGCUGUUUCAAAGGAUCAUUCUGCCAACUGUGGUAAAUAUAGAUGGAGGGGGCAAGGAUAGUCACAAUGAAGCUAUUACUGUAAUCCAGGCAGGGAACGAUAGUGGCCAUUGUGAAGAUGGGCACAAGUGAUGAGAUUCUGAAUAUAUUUUAAAGGUGGAGCCAACAGGACUUCUUACUGGACUGGAUGAAGGAUAUGAGAGAAAGGGAGGAAUCAAGAGAACUACAAAGUUGUCUGUCUUGAGAUACUGGAAAGGAUGUAGUUGCAGCCUCCUCAGAUGGGGUUGGACGAAAGAUCAGGAGAUUGAUCUUUGACACAUGAUAUAUUAAGUUUGAGGUGUUUUAUCAGACAGCCAAUUGGAAUUUGAGUGGGCAGUUAGCUACAUGAGUCUGGAAGGACCUUUUUUUUUAAUUUUAUUUUUUCAAAUUUACAUCCAAAUUAGUUAGCCUAUAGUGCAACCAUGAUUUCAGGAGUUGAUUUCUUAGUGUCUCUUACCCAUUUAGCCCAUACCCCCCUCCCACAACCCCUCCAGUAACCCUCAGUUUGUAUUCCAUAUUUAUGAGUCUUGGAAGGACCUUUAGUAGAGAUAUUAAUUAAGGAGAUUUCAGCAUAGAGAUAAUAUUUAAAGUCAUGAGGUUGAAUUGAAGGCUUGCUCCCAGUAAUAUGUUUUAGUCGUCUAACAGAUCUACAUCUUACAAAUAACAACUAUGAAUUCUAAACAAAACACCAAAAUCAGCUACUACAAAGGCUCUGAGCAGUUAACAAACCAGAUGGGUUAUAAAGGAAAAUUGAAACUUGUUAGAAGUAACUGGUAUGGGGUGAGUUUCCUCAUCUUUACAAAGGCUUUUAGCUUGAGUACCAUCUUCAGUGGUUUCUGCAAGGACCGUUUUCAGUUGCAGUAAGGUUAAGUUUUUCUGGCCUGAAGAAUCAUAAGACAAGAGUUUGGGGCAACCACAGAAGAAUAAGAAGUGAAUGAGGAAACAGAGCCGGAAAAGGGGAUUCCCUACUCCUUAUGUAUGAACUCUAAGAUACACUUGAGCCAUACUUGAUUGAAAAAAAUUUCAGCUAAAGACAAAAGAAAUGAACUGAUAUUUGAGCUACCCCUGCUGAGACAGUUUGUAGUUUAAGUCAAAUUAAAUUAACUCUCUGAUGAAAACAUUUUUCUACUUUUUGGAGGAAUAAAAUAAACAGCUUCCACGACGUGGCAUUUUUAAUGCCCUGAAUGCAAUCUGAAAUUAUUCAACAUAAGAAAAAUCAGGAAAAUGUGACUAUUCUAAAGAGAAAUAACAACCAGUGGAAGCCAACCCUGAGAUAAUGCAGAUGCUAGAAUUAGCAGGCAAGGAUUUUAAAGUAGCAAUUUUAACUGCUCAGAGAGGUAAAGUAAAGAUGUUUGUACUGGAUGAAAGGAAAAUCUUAGCAGAAAAACAAAAAAAAAACAUAAAAAAAGAAUCCACUGAAAAUUCUAGAACUGAAAAAUAGUGUAUCUAAAUUAAAGAAUUCCCUGGAUGGGCUUAACAGAAGAAUGGAGAUGAUAAAGGAAAGAAAGAGUCCAUGAACUUGAAGAAAUAUCAGUAGAAAUUAUUCAAUCUGAAAAAGUAGAAAAUAAAGAUCUUAAAUUUGAAGACAGACUUAAAUAUCUGUGAGCAGUAUCAAAAAGUCUAACACAAUUGUAACUGGAGCCCAGAAGAGAAGAAAGAGAAUGGGCCAGAAAAAGUAUUUGAAAAAAAAGUGGCUGAAAGUUUCUCUGAUUUGGUGAAAUACACAAUACUUCAGAUUCAAGAAGCUAAGCAAUCCAGGUCAAGGUAAAUAUAAAUCAAACUGUGAUCAUCAUUGUCAAACUUUUGAAAACCUAUCUUAAAAACAGCAGUAGAAAAAUGACUCAUUAUCUACAGGGUAGUAAUGAUUUGUAAAAUCACAAACUUCUAAUCAGAAACCAUAGACACCAUAAGAUGAUGGAACAAUGUCUUUUAAGUACUAACAUAAAGUCCUGGAACUACAUAGGAUCACUAAGGAAGUAGACAGAGAAGAGGAACCAAGAAAUUAGAUGAAGUGAUAAGAAAGAAGGAAAACUGAGAAGUAAGUAUCCUGGAAAAUGUUUUGAGAAAUACGCUAUGGUCAAUGGUGUCAAAUGCUACUAUUAUGUCAAGGGCAGAUUCCAACCAUUGAAUUGAACAACAGGAUGUCAGUAAUAAUCUUUACAGGCGUAGUUUUGGUAGAAUAGUGGGCUUUAGGCCUGAUUGGAGUGGGUUGAAGAGAAUGAGAGGAAAGAAAUUGAAAAUUAUAAGUUAAGGCAACUUUCAAAGAGUUUUGCUGAGUAAAAAAGAAAUGGAGUAGUCGUUAAUGUGGAAACUGGGGUCGAGAGAAGGUUUUGCUUUAUUUCAUUACAUGCUAGUUAGGAUAAACAAAAAAAAAGUGAUAAUUUGGAUAAGAAGGGAAAGAAUUGUGCAGUGUUAUCAGGUCUGUAGAAGAAAAAAACAAUACAGCCAAUUGAGUUAGAAUAAAAAUCAUGCACAUGAAUAUAAGGCUUUAUUCUCUUAUCUCCUCUAUCUUGGACAAAGCUUGUUAUUCCCGAGGCUUUACUGUUUGCAAUUUAAUCAUUUGUCAGUGCAAAUAUUUGAAAAAUAUGUCCACUAAAAUUCUAUGAUUUUAUAGAAUAGUAACUUUGAUUUCUUUGUGUUUCUAAUUAUGGACAGUCCCAAAUUAUGAACAAUACAUGUUUUAAAAAUUGCUUUUUAAGUGAUUUCAACAGUCCAAAAGCAUUUUUAUAAUAACAUUGAUGUUAUAUGAGGUAGUUUAUCCUGACCAGUCCACAAAAUCCUGUAAAGUAACUGAAUUGUAAUACUCCUUAUCUGAGAAGUCUCAGCUUUUCAGACUUUUAUUUCUAUGGAAAAAUUUAUUCUAAUUUCUAACCCAAGAUUCUGGAACACAUCUUCCAUUGUGAAGUGGGCUUACAGGUGGGAGUGGAAACACAGCCUCCUGGUCAUACUCCCCACCCUCAUCUUCCAGCAAUGAGGGUAGGCCAUCAAAGUUCUCAUGGCACCAAGGAUUGAAGCAAUGGGGUAAUGGAGAUCCUGGACAUUUAUUUUCUCACCAGUGAAAAUUAAUGAAGACUCAGGAGUUACUACAACAUUAUUGAUGAGAAGGAAGUUUCAGCAGCUAGAGUGUGUUGGCAUUAUUUCCUCAAAAGAGAGAGAGAGAGAGAGAAAGCUCUAGGGAAUGAAAGAGAAGAUAGAGGAGAAUCUCAAAUGGUGAUAAUUUUUUCAACCUCAUCUAUACCUCAAUUUUGAGACACUCUGUAAUAUUUGAGAAUUAACAGAGAGGAAACAAGAUAGAAGUAGGAAACUACCAAAGACUAUUUAUUUAAAAAUAUUCUUUGCCCAUGGAAUCCAGCUAAAAGACUCAGUUACUAAAAUAUCCCACAAGCCAGCUGCUUUCAAAAAGACCUCUACCACUAGCACAAGAUGGAGCCAUUGGCAUAUUAUGAUCAACAAUUUGUGCCAUUAGAACACUCUUACCAACCGGCCACAACCAAUUCAUUGACACAUCAAUACACAGGUGAAAAACUAAAUCAACCCAAUAAGCUGCCUGUAGUCAGAGUGCAAUCCCAUAGUAAUCACCUUGCAGCACCUCCAGUUAACUCUAAGAAGUUGGUGCAGAGCUGCUCAGUAUUGCCCUCUGCCAAGUCUCAGGACACAAUUUCACCGGGUUUCUAUAACAAGGCUCCAAAAGCACCAUUAUCCCAAUCCAAACGUCAGGACACACCUGCACUAGACCCCCACCAGAGAACUUCACUGCGGCCUAAUCAGAGAGCCUUGAGCUCACCUUUGAUCCACCAUAAAUCCCAGGCAACACCUUCACUUGAUCUUAAUAAGACAUCUUCAUCACUGGAGUCCAGUCAAACAAACUUGAGCUCACGAUUACCCCUCCCCAAACCUCAGACUACAUCUUCCCGAGACUUUUGCUGGACAUCACCUUCACAGAAGUCUAAUCAAAGAGUCUCAAGUUCAUCAUUAUUUCCCCCCAAACAUCAAGAAACACCUUCCCUAGAUGUCCUCUGGAAAUCAUCUUCUUUGGGACCCAAUCAAAGAGUGCUUGGCACAGCAUUACCACAGUCCAAGCCUCAGAAAACAUCUUCAUUGGAUGGCCUUUGGACAUCUUUAUUAGAGCGCAAUCAAAGAUCUUUGAGCUCACCAUCACUCAACUCUACAUCUCAAAUACAUGACUUGCUUCAGUCAUCAUGUUCAUUGGAAUCCAAUCAAAUGGCUCUGAGCUCACCAUUAUCUGACUCCAAACCUCAGACAACAGCUGCACUGAGCUCUAAUUCCAUUGUUCUGAGCUUACCAUUGUCCCAUUCAAAACCAAGGAAAUCACCUUUAGCACAUUCUGUCCACCAGACUAAGAGUUUGCCAUUGUUCCCACCUAAAUCUCAGACAGUGCUUACACUUAAUCGGGACUUCAGGACCCUCAGCUCACCGGUUUGUCACUCCAAGUUUCAGAAUACCUCUUCACCAAAUGACAAAUACAGGGCCACAGAUUUAUCUUCACCCCAGUAUAAACCAAAUGUCUCAGGUCAAUCAUUAUCAAGCUCUAAACACUUUAUCAGGAGCAUAGCUGCUUCAACAUUGGGCUCCAGAUUCCAGAAUAAAGGCAGCUUUGAUCUUUGUGCAAAGACAGCAUCAAAUAAAGAAAUAUCAUGGAAUUUAGAUUAUAUUCAUCCCUGCAUUGUUAAAGGUGGAAGUGUCCCUGAUGAUGUUGUAAAUAAAAUUGUCAAUUCCCUCUCCAAGACCAGAAUCCAGAGGGAUCUCUGUAGGCAGAUUCUCUUUCGAAGAAUGAGGGGAAGGCCAAAUCCUCAUCCUGGUCCCCGACUUUCAUCAAAUUAUAUAGUAUGUUUAGCUUGUGCUUCCUGCAUAAAAUCUCAAUGUAACCAUCUUACGGGAAGGAAAGAUCCUCAUGGCGCAACGCUAUUUGUCAUCCCAACACCUGAGCUCAGUUCUGAGAGGGGAAUAGAAGUGAAAUUAGUUUUUCUCCUCUCCAUACCAAAGACUUCUCCCUCAUCUGGUCUUCCAUCCUCGGUGAAAGAAAAUCAGCCUGAUGAAAUCCCUGAAGACAACUUUGAAGGAAUGGAAAAGAUACAAAUUCUCUCUACAUCUGAACUUGAUAUCACCCAGGAGCUAAAUAGGAAGAACAAUGGGCUGACAGCAGCCUCUGAAGACAGAGUUGUAAGCCAACAACCCCAGGCUAUUGACUGGCUACUUUAUGUGAAGAAAAGUAAUAAUUUUGAGCCGCAGUCCCUGCCUACAUCCUCUUCAUCCUCUACAUCCUCCUCCUCCUCUUCAUCAUCUUUCUCCUCCUCUUCUUCUUCAACUGUGCCCUCUUUACCCCCUCCUUCCAAAGAGUCUACCACAUCUACUCUCUCAGGUUGUGUGUUCACUAAGGUGCUUAGUUACCACCGAUUGCCUCCAGGGGUCUCCUGGCUUGAGUUUGUAUGUAGUAAAAAUCAUCAGCCACUUACUGGGAAACCACAGCAAAACCAAUCACCAUCUCCCAGAACAAGGCCUAUGAGGAAUAGCACUACAGUAAAAGGGCCAAAGGGACCAAAGAUGCUGUUCAAAUUUUUUCAGACAAAGUUUCAAAAUGAGAGAAAUAUUGAUUAAAUUAACUUUUGUUUCUUUGAAAGCAAUUGACCUCUUAGUUCUUUGAAACUAGAGAUUGAUUUCUUAUCAUGCUUAUUAAAAUUCUUAGUAAUAAUUAAGUGUGAUUGUAUAUUUUAGCUGAUGAAGCACCUAGUUAAGGGGAACUAAUACUCUUAAGUCUAUUUUCUAGUUAAAUAAUAGACUGUGAUCUCCUAGGAGACAAAACUGAAUCCCAGGUUUUUAACCAAAUGCCCGGCUUAUAGUAGCCACUGUAUAAUCAUUGUUACACGAAUUAAUCAUAAUUGGCCAUAAACCAGAAAGACCUCAUUUGUCUUGUAUCUAGCUCAUUGUUAUUCUCUUUCCUCAUAGAAUAUGCUAAUGCCAGUAUUCGUGAGCCAAUUCAUGCUAAUCUGUUUCCCUAUCUCUAAAGAAAAUUCAGAUCAUGUUCAAUAGAUAAGAAUGUAUAUGGAGAGGAAUGUUUUCUCUAGUUAUGAUAAUCUCUUUCUAGUUAUGUGUUCCUAGGGAAAAUUCUUCUAUGCUAAGAUCCUACACUCUGAAAUCCAGCGAUCUGUUCAACCCUAGUUAACAAAUCUCAGGAGAGAAUAACUAACUGGUACAAACAACUUUACCUAUGGUCUGGGCCAAUAUUUAAAUUAUAGGUUCUAAAGCCUGUUCAUCACUUCUAUCUAUACAUCCAAAAUGGGUUAAUAAAAAUGUUUUAAAAAUGGUUUUGUGCCACUGGGUCUACUGGUAGUGGGAAGAAAAGGGAGGUGUCUUAACCUACUCAUCUUAAGUGAUCAUCUCAAUCCCCAGGGUCUAAAUUUAGUAUCAUUUGCAUGCACUAAUGACUCACAAUGCUGCUCCACAAACAUCUUUCUGACUGUAUACUGGAAAUUUCCAAUUGGAACUUUGCACGGGCAUCCCAAACUCAACAUGACCCACCAGAAUUUAUUAUCAUUUACAGUUCGGGUCAUUACAUUUAUAAUCCUUUGCCCCCAGUGUUCCUAUUUCAAUGGGAUGAACCACCAUUCAUCGCAGAGUUAUGUUUAACUCUUUUUCUCAUUGCCUGCUCCUCUCUAUGAGUUCUAUGGCCUUAUUAUUCCUACAUUCCAGCAUUGCCACUAUCCUAGUGGUGGUCACAACCAUUUGUCACCAGGAUUACUGCAAUAACUCCUAAACAUGCACUUCUAACUUUUGAACACAGUUGUAUGACACAGAUGUGAUAGUGCCACUCCACUGCUUAGGGUCCUUUCAUCAUUGGCCAGUAUUUUCUGGGGAAAGUCUAAAUUUCUUUUAUGAUUGAACUAGUAUGAUUCAGCCAUACUAAUUGCUUUAAAAUGCACAGAAUGUACCAAGGCCUCUGUUUUUAAACUGAUUUUUUUAAAUGAUUUAAUUUAUUUUUCAUUAUGUUAAGUUCUUCAUCCCCUAUUUCCUUCAUUGGCCCACUCCCCUCCCCUCUGGUAACCAUCAGUUUGUUCUCUAUAUUUAAGAGUCUUUUUCUUGGUUUGUCUCUGUCUCUUUUUUUUUCCUUUGUUCUUUUUUUUUUUUUUUUUGUCUCUUAAAUUCCACAUAUGAGUGAGAUCAUAUGAUAUUUGACUUUCUCUGACUUAUUUUGCUUAGCAUUAUACUGUCUAGCUCCAUACAUGUUGUUGCAAAUGGCAAGAUUUCAAUCUUUCUUUUCAUAGCUGAAUAAUAUUUCAUUAUAUAUAUCAACUCUUCUUUAUUCAUUCAUCCAUUGAUGGACACCUUGGCUGCUUCCAUAAUUUUGCUAUUGCAAGUAAUGCUCUAAUAAACAUAGAUGUGCAUAUAUUCCUUUGAAUCAGUGUUUUUGUAUUUUUUGGGUAAAUACCCAGUAGUGAGAUUACUAGAUCACAGGGUAGUUCUAUUUUUAAUUUUUUGAGAAAUGUACAUACUGUUUUCUACAAUGGUUGUGCCAGUUUACAUUCCUACCAACAGUGCAGGAGGAUUCCUUUUUCUCCACAUCCUUGCCAACAAUUGUUGUUUCUUGUGUUUUCUAUUUUAGUCAUUCUGACAGAUAAGGUGAUAUCUCAUUGUAGUUUUGAUUUGGAAUUCUCUGCUGAUGAGUAACAUUUUCAUGUGUCUAUUGGCCAUUUACAUGCCUUCUUUGGAGAAAUGUCUAUUCGUGUUUUCUGCUGAGUUUUCAAUUGAAUUAUUUGCUUUUUGGGUUUUGAGUUGUAUCAGUUCUUUAUGUAUUGUGGAUAUCAACCCUUUAUCAGAAAUGUCAUUUGCAAAUAUCUUUUCCCAUUCAGUAGGUUGCCUUUUAGUUUUGUUGAUUGUUUUUUUGCUGUGCAUAAACUUUUUAUUUUGAUACAGUCCCAACAGUUUAUUUUGCUUUUAUUUCCCUGGCCUCACAUCCUACACUCUUAAAGAGAAAAUUCUGCUGUUCAGAAAGAUCUUCCCAUACAUGCAGUUUUAUCCUACAGAGCUCUGUUUUGUCUUGACGUCUUCUGGAAAGCCUUUUCCUGAUGCACUUACAUAAGGGUUAGUUGGCUUCCCUAUUAUCAUAAAACUGUGUUAGUUCUUUGUACUGCUCUUAACCACAUUGUAAAGUAAUUGUUUCUUAUCUGUUUUCACUUACUAUACUGAAAACUUCUUGUGCUAUUAUUUUUUUAACCUAGUCCUUGGCAUAGAGUGCAUGCCCUAAAAUAGUGUUGAUAUUGAAUUAAUGCUUUUGAAAGUCUUCAUCUUCUUUUAGUUCUUUGAAAUAAGUAACAUUUCAUCAGUUUGCUUCUUUCCCAUAAGUUUGAAUUGUUCUUUGUACCUUUUAUCUUGGUGAGAACAUGUAUAAAACUGUUAUUGAUGACAGCAGUCAUCCUUGUCUUAUUUCUUAUGUUAACAGUGCUUCUUUCUAGUAUUUCAGUAUGAAAUGUGAUGCUGGCUGAUGUAUAGCUUAUCAGUGAUGAUGAAGAAAAAGUUAAUGUAUGUGAUAAUGUGUUCAUGGCCUUCACCAUGAUAGUACUUUAGAAAACACUUGACAAGUGUUUUAUUCAUCCUGAACUUCUCUUUUGAUGACACACAUCACUUUUGUCACUUCUUGUUUAAUACUCUCUCCAGUAUACUAAACUUCAGGAGUAGAGGUCCUGCGUUAAUCUUGUUUACCACUAACUCUUCAGGGCUUAGUGGUACCUGGCACAUAUUAAAUAUUCAAUAAAUAUUUAUGGAAUUAAGUCAAACUGAGGAGCUUAACUGAUUUUUAUUUAUUGAUAGAAUUUACAUGUUUAAUUUUCUGUCUCUUAGCUUGUUUUCUAAACUUUAUACCUCAUUGUAGUUUCUUUUCACUCUUUCCUUUUUUUUUUUUUUUUGGACUAUGAUUUAGUUGUUCUUAACUUUUCAGUGUAUUGGCAGUUAUUUAUAUUUUCUUAAUUAUGACAGUGCCUACUUUCAAAAUUUUUUCAAAAGAAGUCUUUAGCCAGUGUUUUGUACUUUGAAAAUAAAAUUGCAUCAAACUUAUGGGGCAAAUGCAUAAGCAGUGGUUAUCCAACCGUAUCUCUCUCCCAGAUUGUAUUGAGAUACCAAUAGAAUUUUAAAAUGAGGAAAAACAUGUGUCAUUCCAGAAGGGCCAAAAAAUUUUUGCCAAAUAUUAUAUAGAUCAGACUAGAUUUUCAAAAGGCAGAAGGACUCAAAAAUCACUACAUUAAAAAAAAAAAAGAUCAUCUGAAAAGUAAUAGAAAAAGUUUGCUCUCAUUAAUGCUUUUCUCCUUAAAUUGAGAGGGAUAGACAUGAGAACACAUCUUUUUUUUUUUUUUUUAAGUUUACUUAUUUAAUUUGAGAGAGAGUGGGGGAGGGCAAAAAGAGCGAGAGGGACAAUCCUAGGCAGGCUCUGCACUGUCAGAUGUGGGGCUCGAACUCACAAACUGUGAGAUUAUGACCUGAGCCGAAGUUGGAUGCUUAAUUGAUGAUGCCACCCAGGCGCCCCUUUGUAGCAAUUCUGUAUAUGUGUAUUCCACACAUAUGCUCUUUGGUUUAGCUUGAUACUAAAUGACCCUUGCGCUAUCAAUAAAUGCUACUUGGUCAUCAUAUGUUGUGAUUAUACCCUACCACAUUCAGUUUUCUAAAACUGACUAUCAUUAUACAUCUAUAUUCAAAAGUAGAAAGAAAUGAGGACCAACCAAAUGAGAACAAGUAAAGGCUAUUCAAAGCUUGUUAUAGCAAGGGAGUCAGCCACCAUUACUUGUAUUUGGCAGAAAUUUAAAAGCAGGCAGGAUAAUAGGAAAGUUUUAUAGGAGAAAACAAGAGGAUUCAGGUAUGCCCUAAAUGGAAACAGUUGGCAUAGCAAAGCUGUGGGCAAACUUACUAGAAGAGGGUCAUCCUACUUGGUUGGUAUAGUGCACAUUUGGCUUUCUCUGAGAGGUUCUAAGUUGGAAGUGGAAGCAGGGACAAAAUUUAGUGAAGCUGUUACUUAUUUCAUCAUGUCCUGGCCAUUUUGGGUGAAUGGUUUCAGGUAUUAUUGUUUGACUUCCUGCACCAUUACUAGAGAUGAUGGUCUGACUUUCUACAAACCUAACAUAGUAAUAGAAGGUGUGCUUCCUUGGAUGGUUACUACAGAUCAUGAGUUGAUUUCUUGGGCUGCUAGUUGCAGGUUAUAGGUUAGAGUUCAUGUUUAUACAUGAUCAUUGUAUAUUCAGUCUAUCAGCGUGAUCUGUCUAACCUUUUCUUAUACAGUCUUGAUAGUUUUUUUUUAUAGAAUUAUAAAUUAAUUGAAUAGAUUUUCCUAUAGUUUCACUGUUUUAAACAAUUUGUAUCCCAUAUUUUUAAGGCAAUAAUUUUUUGUUUGGUCCUUCCACUACUCUUAGAAAUUUCUGGAUACAUUUCUCGGUAAUUCGUAAUUUAGAUUACUCUGAUAUUUAGGGGCACCUGGAUGGCUCAGUUGGUUAAACCUUCGACUUCAGCUCAUGUCAUGAUCUCAGGGCUCAUGAGUUCAAACCUCAUGUUGGGCUCUGUGCUGACAGCUCAGAGCUUGGAGCCUGCUUCAGAUCUCUGUCUCCCUCUCUCUCUGCUGCUCCCCCCACUCACACUCUGUCUCUCUCUAAAAUAAAUAAAUGUUAAAAAAAAAUUAAAAAAAUAGAUUACUGAUAUUUGACACUUCUUGGAUCAAUUUUUCUCUGCUUGGAUUCUUAAGGAAUUUUUGUUCAUCAUUUUAAUUUUAAAAUGUUGCCAGCAAGUGUUUUUAGAUAUGCUUUUUCAAUAUGUACACAUAAACUCUUUAAAUCUAUCUUCUCUAACUUUGAAAAUUGCUUUAUGUGAUCUGUUGUGUUAUCUUUUGUGUGUGUGUGUGACCACUCAUUAAUUAUAUGUUGGAUUUUCAUUCUCUGUUUUUAGUAUCUUUUAUUUCAUUGCACCAUUAUUUUUUUCUUCUCUGAGCUCUGGGAUAUUAUUUUGAGUAGUUUUUUCACAUCUGUUAUUCUCUCUUAUCAUUUGUGUUCCUGACUUCUCCCUCUGGAAUUUUAAUUCUACUUUUGUAUUUUUUUAGUUUCCUCCCAUUAAUUAAAAGAAAAAAAAAUCAGCAUCACCAAGAUAUAUUUCUCAGUGGCACUCAGUUUUUAGAUUGAUGUUUUUUUUUUCUUUCAUAUGUUUUACAGGGUAUUUACAGAACCAUUUAGAAAUCUUUUUUAAUACUUUUGAACAUGAAAUAUUUAUAUCAAGAUUUAUAGCUAUUUGACAUGUCUCAAAAUUGAAAUACAUGAAAACCACUAUUACAGGCAUUUCUAGAACAUCUCUUCCUUUCUCUGCACACUGUGUUGGAGAACCUAGCUGCCCAGGAUCCGGCACAUUUCUGACUCCACACUUUUUAUUUUUCUAUUUUUCUUUAAUAAGAGAAGCUUUCUUCUUGCAUGCUUCCAUUCUUAUCAUUCCUCCUCCAACGGUAGCUUUCUGUAUGUAUAUAUGUGGUAGUAGAUAUGCUCUAGCCAUAUAAAAUUAUAUCAAAAUACAUUAGUGCAACAUCUGUUUGUUUUUCUAGUUGAUCUAUACUUUGGGUCUCAGAACUGGGACAAACUUAGAGGGGAUUUAUAAAGACUCUGCUUAUCAUCCUUUUAUACAUUCAUUCACCAAGUAUUCCUUUUAAGUGCCUGGGGGAAAGAAUGUAGUAGCUUGCCUGAGAUUUGUGAUCCAUUUAUCCUUCUUGGGGAAGACCUCCUUCCAAGCCUGGGGAGAAAGUAAGUCAGGUGACUCAAUCCUAUCUCCUUAUGUAAUGGAAUUUCCUUUAAGUAGAUAAAUGGCAUUUGAUAUGAAGAAUAGUCCUCAUUUGUGGAAUGCCUUUAGCAAAACUAUCUGUGUUUAAUCACUACUUACUGUAAAUAAUCUAUGAAAUUAUAAUGCAAGAGUCACUAAAGAAUGCCAAAUAAGCUAUACAAUUUCCUGGAUAUAAGACAGUGAUAUUUUGUAACUUAAAAUGCUCCUCACUGUGUAUGGAUUGUUACUAGAGAGCAGUGGUUUGACUUCCUACAAGUCUGACAUGUAGAUAUGGUACCUUAAAAAAUGUCUCUUGCAAACCUCCUAGGUUAUUCUAUAACAGAGAUAAUAUAUUAUCUCUCGGUGCAGAAAAGAAGAGCAUAGGUACAUUCUAGAAUGUCCAAAUUUUCUUUCUACUUUGUUUAUGCCCUUGAUAAAGUGUAGUUUGUAAAUAUUUGGGUAAACUUUGGUAGUAGGCAAGGUCUCUGAUCAUUUGAAGCUGACCUAACAAUCUGUCCUUUGUGUGAGCUCAAAUGCUUAUUACUAAGCUCUGAGUUGGGGCUGGUAAAGGAUCUGAUGCAGCAAAUCAGUUGAUGUAAAGUGGUAUGACAUAUCUUGAGAUUAAUUUCACAAUAAUAUUAAAACCUUAAUAACCAUUUUUCCCUAUAGCCCUCCAAUGCACAGUAGCAUGAAAGUAGACACAGACAAUAUGUAAAUAAAUGGGUUCAUCUGUGUUCCAAUAAAACUUUAUUAAAACGUGUAGCAGAUCAGAUUUGGCCCCUGGUGCAUCGUUUGCUGACUCCUGUUCUUGAUAGGGUGGUUUGAGAAAGCUUUUCUGACAAGAGACAUUUGUCUCUUAAGUAAAGACAGGAUAAAUCAUAAAGAAAACCGUUGAUAGAUUUUCCCCGUCCAUUUACAAUAUUUGCAGUAGUAAUAGUUGUUCAGCCUUAGUUUUGAGCGCUUUUGAUCUUCAGUCGCUUUAAAGAAGAUUUGAAAGGAUAAACCAGUAGGUUAAAGAAGGAAUUUUUUUCUUAAGUAUGCUACUCUUUAAUUUAUAAAUGGUUAUAAAAUUCAUUUUAUUAACUUUUAAAAUGACAUUUUGCCUAUUUUUAGCUUAACAUGGAUGAAGAAAAUUAAUCACUAAGGGAAAAGAUGGAGAGUUGGGUGCCUGGGGGGUUCAAGAAAGGAAGAAGGGAGAACAUUUCAUGAGAGUGGAAUGGAGCUGGGACCAGAUUCUCCCUUUCCCUGUCUUUUCCUCCUUCGUGUGCUGCCUGCUAAGUUUUGAGUCUAUGCCAGCUGGGUUGACGAUCCUUCUUCAAAAAUCAAUAUUCAAGUUACUGAAUUUUAUUG